AGUUCUUUUUAUUUACUAGUGCCGGACACGAUGGGCUGCAGACAGCGCGGUCGAUGCACCGACUCGCCGCACACGAUCCGACGACGACAUGGUGUUCAAAGCCAGUCGUAAAAUAAGUCGAAAACUUAAAACUAGAGUAUCACUUUUGCUAUUGGUCUGUUUAGCAAUGCCAGCGGCUGCAAAAGAUAACGAUUUAGACUUCACGGUCGUGCCCAUUACCUCGUUAACCAUAAGACACUGUGGUCAUAUUCUAAUAGCCGCGAACGCAAAAAACAACGAAAUAUACAUGUCUACGAAAUCCCGCAACCCAACCGAAGAAUCGAUAAACUUAAAUAGAAACAAUGACAUCAAAAUACUGAAAAGAGUGCGGACGCAGCUAAAAGUAGCUAGAAAUCAUUUUCGAAAUAACCGAGAAGUAAUCGCCCGGCUUUAUUCGGAUGUAAAGACCGUGAUGCAAACAAAUUAUCAUUACGAGUGGUUGCCCUCUCAGUCACUGGUUUGGUACAAGAAACACGUCAAAAAGCUUGACAAGGACACCAAGGUGUUUAUACUUUUGCCUGUGUUACGGGAUUCAUUGCACAAUUUUUCAGUAACGCUCGAACAAAUGCGAUUAUUCAACGAAACACAUUUUAUAUCCAAUUACACAAUAAGAAAACUUAUGUUAGACGAUCUAUCCAAACAUCUUAUCGCAGUGUUGUGCGAGGUGGAGGCGGCAAUGAUAAGCCUGAGCACGUGGCACAACAGGAAGAUGCCCGACGGGCCGAGGACCACGAUCGUCGGCGGCCCGGGCUGGGACCCUAAUCCCGACCACACGACCAUGAUGAUCCAGGACUGGGGUGUGUUGACCAUCUACUAUAGGUUCCUAAAGGACUGGCUGCACAUCAGCCGGAAAAUGGUCCAAGAUCAGGUGGAAAUGCACCAACGGUGGUCAGCCGUCUCAGUCAUCCCAGCCGUCUCAGACUCCGACGACAGCGACGACAAUGACGACUCCUCUGGCUCCACCGUCGACCGACUGCCACCUGCAACGCCCCUGUCGUCAUCGCUGUUAUCGUUAUCGCCACUGUCGUCAUCGCCAAUGCCGUGUAUCAGACACCGCAGAUGUGGUUCGUCCAAGUAUAAGAAGCGUCCCAAAAAGUCCGGCUCGGUCACGUAGUUACCGGUCCCCGAGGGAUUUGAACAACAAUUAUUAAUUAAUUACAAUUUUUUUUUAGGUCUGUACAUAUUACUAUAAUAUACCUAUAUUAUUUAUUUAUUAUUAUUUUUUUUUUUAGUACUUUUGUGACACAAUUUAUGUACUUUGCUGUUAACGAUCGCAAGUGAUUUGUAAAAGAGCUCUAUCGUAAUGAUACUCUUGCCUACUUUUUUUUUGUAUCUUCGAUUAGUAGCUAGCGUUUUGUAAGUCAUGCAAUAUAAACAUGAUCUAAAUUAUUAUUAUUAUUAUUACUAUUAUAUUACGAAUAAUUUUAUUACAUAAUAUAUUGCAUAUAUUUUUAUAUUCUAUGAACGAUUGAACAACAACAGACUGUUUUUUUUUAAUGCUUUGAAUGAAAAUAAUAUUAGUUUUGUGUAUGAACAUUUUAAUUUACUCAGCUCUGAUAGUAUUUAGGUGUGAUUUUUUUUAUUUUAUUUGUAAAACCAAUAUACUCGCACCGAAAUUAGCGAGCUCUAAUAAUCGAAUAAUAUUGAAGAUAGCCCAAUUUUUACCACCAAUAACUGUGGUAACUAUAAUAUUAUAAUAACAUGACAUUUCGAUAAAUUAAAAUUUUUUUUUUAUCCACGAA